AUGGUCCGUACUGCAAACUGUACUAAAGCCCAUUUUUAUGAGAAAGUUGGUAGUAUUUUUUUUCUUCUCUGUUUUUGGCCAGAUGCUUGCAUAUACCACCCAGGUGUACCAGUCUUUCAUGAUGCAUUAAAGGGUUGGUCUUGCUGUAGGAGAAGAACAACGGAUUUUUCUGAUUUUUUGAGCAUUGUAGGCUGUACAAAAGGUAGGCAUAAUAGUGAAAAGCCACCUGAGCCAGUCAAACCUGAAGUCAAGACUACUGAGAAGAAAGAACUAUCUGAAUUGAAACCCAAAUUUCAGGAGCACAUCAUCCAAGCCCCUAAACCAGUAGAAGCAAUAAAGAGGCCAAGCCCAGAUGAACCAAUGACAAAUUUGGAAUUAAAAGUAUCUGCCUCCCUAAAACAAGCACUUGAUAAACUUAAACUGUCAUCUGGGAAUGAAAAAAACAAAGAAGAAGACAGUGAUGAAAUUAAGAUUGGGACUUCAUGUAAAAAUGGAGGGUGUACAAAGACAUAUCAGGGUCUACAGAGUCUAGAAGAAGUCUGUGUAUAUCAUUCUGGUGUACCUAUUUUCCAUGAAGGGAUGAAAUACUGGAGCUGUUGUAGAAGAAAAACUUCUGAUUUUAAUACUUUCUUAGCCCAAGAAGGCUGUACAACAGGGAAACAUAUGUGGACGGCAAAAGAUGCUGGGAAAAAAGUUGUUCCGUGUAGACAUGACUGGCAUCAAACUGGGGGUCAAGUCACAAUUUCAGUAUAUGCUAAAAAUUCACUUCCAGAACUUAGUCAAGUAGUAGCAAAUAGUACAUUGUUAAAUGUACACAUUGUAUUCGAAGGAGAGAAGGAAUUUCAUCAAAAUGUGAAAUUAUGGGGUGUGAUUGAUGUAAAGCGAAGUUAUGUAACUAUGACUGCAACGAAGAUUGAGAUCACCAUGAGAAAAGCUGAACCAAUGCAGUGGGCAAGCCUUGAACUGCCUGCAGCCAAAAACCAGGAAAAGCAAAAAGAAAAUAAAACAGACUAAAUUGAGAGGGAAUAAAAAGUUAUUGCCUAUUUCAGAAUUCUUAAUAUGUGGUGAAGUAGUCGCUUGCUGCUGUAAUCUCUUGUUAUAGUUGAAUCUGGUAUUUCAGGGUCAACAGUGUAGGUUCUUAAAAGCCAAAGUCAGUUUAUCUUUUUGUGCCUCCUUUUAUUUUUUAUUUUUUCGGUUUAAGAUUGAUUAUUCAUUUCUCCUCACUAAUGGAACUAUAGUUGUGUCCCAUACUUGAAGAAGCUAGAAAAUAGCUCAUAAGUAGAGUAGUUCUUAGUAUAAUAUUGUGUUAAAAGAUACAUAAAGUAUCAUCUCUUUCUAUUCCAUAAUUAGUAAAGCAAGAUGGAAUGUCAGUUUUUUAAUUAGUUUUUUCAUGAGUUUGUGUUCCUAUAAUACUUGAAAAUCUUUCUUUAAAAGUUAAAGCUCAACAAUGUUUUUUUCCACUCGGACGGUUAAUUUCUGUAGGAGGAUUAAUUGUGAGGUAGUGUAGUAACUAGUUAAGAAUAUAUGAAUUGAUUAAUAAAUUGCAAUUUGUUUGCAACUAAUUGCAAAAACUUUAUAUCAAUACCUAUAUUACUUGUAAAGCAGUAUCACUUAAGAAUACAGGAAACGUUAUAAAUAAAAAAUAUAGAGGUAUGAAUUUGUUUAAAAUUCAUCAUUUUAUAAGACUAAGCAAUAAUGUUAAAUAUCUCCUGAUUAUUUAUAAGGUCUUGGUAUGGUGUGAUGGCUAAAUUGUAUCUGAAUCAUAGGCCACACCCUCUUAAUAUUUUUAAUUACAUAUAAAGAGAAACUAAAUAUAUAUAUCUGGCUUUCCUGAUGGUAAACUAUAUAAAAUUAUAGAAGUACAUUAGGGAAAUACACUAGAGUUUCAGAAAACUAAAUAUUUUAGCUUUGCUUUAUGACAGCUAUUACAUGUUAAAUAAAAUAGCGUAAUUAUUUUAUUGGGGUUUUUUUAGGCUUUCAUGAACAGUUUGACAAUUCUAGGUGAUACAAUAUUGAUUAUAUAUUGUACUUUAUUAAAUAAGUAUCACAGUAUUAGAUUGUUUAUACUUAUUGAACCCAUUAAGGGAUAGAUUACUUUUUGAGGUAGUGCAAAGCUCACGAAGAAAAUGAAAGAAAAUGUUAU